CUUGCAGUAAAAGGAGCAACAACAUAUCACCUCUGUCCACGGCAAAGGGAAGUGGCAUGGCACACCUUCCUCCCUCCCCUUCCCUUUCGUCAAUCAGCCAUUCAAAAAGUCGCAAACUUUUUUUUUUCUUUAAAUUUCUCCCUCUACCCUUCUCUUUUCUUUUUCACCCCCUUAAAUACCUCCAAAGUGAGGUGACUUGUAAAGCACUCAGCACUCACCACCACCACCUCCACCACCAUCCCCUCCCCCUCUUCCCUCCGCACUGCAGAGAUCCACUCCUGGAAAGCAGUUUGCUUUUCCUCACUCUUCCUUAAGCUGAGAAUGUAACUGAAGAAGAAUAAUUAAGUCAGAAACCACCACAAAACUUGCAAGCAAUAAUAAUAAUAAUAAAGUACUGCCCGCAGCCUCUCUAUACUACCGUACUCAGGAGAGAGAAAGUAAACCAGCUUAAUUACGAAACCACCACUCAGUCAUCUCUCUCUCUCUCUCUCUCUCUCUCUGUCCUUCAAUAUUCUAAUAAUAAUCGAUCUACUCCCCCUCUCUUGGUUAUUUUCACAAGACCCUCCCCCCUUCCCUCCCUGGAUGAUCCUUCUCCCCACUCUCCCACUUUGACCGCCCUCCCCCAUCUCCUCCUAAAUCUCACCUACCCUACCAGAACACCCCUUAGAAAAGUAAUAAUAAUUGGAGCAAACUCAACAAUUCCUGGCCGUUAUGAUGUUCACCUCUCAACACCAUUCUCGUCUCCGGCUUGUUCUGCUCAGCUGAAUUGCUAUGCCAUCCCCCCAUCGGAGCGUCCUCCGAAGCUCGGAAUAAAUAGCUCAUGGGUUCUCCCACGGACAUCGAGGCCGGGGCCUACUCCGCCCCUCCUUCGAAGAAGGAGGAGGAGUCGUGGAGGAUGGCUCUAAUGCUGGCGUACCAGAGCUUGGGGGUGGUGUACGGCGACCUGAGCACGUCGCCGCUGUACGUGUACAAGAACACGUUCGCGGAGGACAUACAGCACUCGGAGACGAACGAGGAGAUCUACGGGGUGCUGUCCUUCGUCUUCUGGACGCUCACCCUCGUCCCGCUCCUCAAGUACGUCUUCAUCGUGCUCCGCGCCGACGACAACGGCGAGGGCGGCACCUUCGCGCUCUACUCGCUGCUCUGCCGCCACGCCCGCGUCGGCUUCCUGCCCAAUGUGCAGCUCGCCGACGAGGACAUCUCCGCCUACAAGAAGUCCGACGGCGGCGUCGAUCGGCCGGCGGCAGGGGCCCCGGAGGCCGACGGAGGGGGAGCUCACACGGCGGCCGCCAGAGUGCGGAGGGUGCUGGAGAAGCACCAGGUGCUGCAGCGGGUGCUGCUGGUCCUGGCGCUGAUCGGCGCCUGCAUGGUCAUCGGGGACGGCGUCCUCACGCCCGCUAUUUCCGUUUUUUCGGCGGUCUCAGGGCUCGAGCUUUCAAUGUCGAAGGAGCAACAUAAAUAUGUAGAGGUCCCUGUUGCGUGCCUCAUUCUAGUUGGCUUGUUUGCUUUGCAACAUUACGGGACACAUCGUGUUGGAUUCCUAUUUGCGCCCAUUGUGAUAACUUGGCUUCUGUGCAUCAGCAUGAUUGGUAUUUAUAAUAUUUUUCACUGGAAUCCACAUGUUUAUCAAGCAUUAUCUCCAUAUUACAUGUACAAGUUUCUAAAGAAGACCCAAAGAGGAGGCUGGAUGUCCUUAGGGGGGAUAUUGUUAUGUAUAACAGGCUCAGAAGCUAUGUUUGCAGAUCUGGGACAUUUCUCUCAGUUGUCAAUAAAGAUUGCUUUUACUUUUGUGGUCUAUCCUUCACUGAUCCUAGCAUACAUGGGGCAAGCCGCUUAUCUCUCUAAACAUCAUGUUAUCGAAAGUCACUACAGGAUUGGAUUCUAUGUAUCUGUGCCAGAGCAAAUAAGGUGGCCUGUUUUGGCAAUAGCUAUCCUGGCAGCUGUUGUGGGAAGCCAAGCUAUCAUCACGGGCACCUUCUCAAUCAUCAAGCAGUGCUCAGCCUUGGGAUGCUUUCCAAGAGUGAAGAUAGUUCAUACAUCAUCUAAAGUACACGGACAGAUUUACAUCCCGGAGAUCAAUUGGAUAUUAAUGGCAUUGUGCUUGGCUGUUACUAUAGGUUUCAGGGAUACAAAACGCUUGGGCAAUGCAUCAGGCUUGGCAGUUAUAACCGUGAUGCUAGUGACAACAUGCUUGAUGUCACUUGUGAUAGUCCUCUGCUGGCACAAGAGCAUCUUUUGGGCUGUAUGCUUUGUCGCCUUCUUCGGAACAAUCGAGGCUCUCUAUUUUUCGGCCUCCCUCAUCAAGUUCUUAGAAGGAGCGUGGGUACCCAUAGUUCUCUCCUUCAUCUUCAUGAUCGUCAUGUACGUCUGGCACUAUGGCACCAUCAAGAAGUAUGAGUUUGAUGUCCAGAACAAGGUCUCCAUCAACUGGCUCCUGAGUCUUGGUCCUAGUCUCGGAAUUGUUCGAGUGCGAGGCAUUGGCCUCAUUCACACCGAACUUGUGUCUGGAAUCCCUGCAAUCUUCUCCCAUUUUGUUACCAAUCUUCCUGCUUUUCACCAGGUUCUGGUGUUCCUCUGCAUCAAGUCGGUCCCUGUACCGUACGUCCGGCCCGAAGAGCGUUUCCUUGUGGGAAGAAUCGGCCCCAAAGAGUACAGGCUGUACAGGUGCAUUGUCCGCUACGGGUACCACGACGUCCACAAAGAUGACUUGGAGUUCGAGAAGGACCUCGUUUGCAGCGUCGCGGAGUUCAUCCGAUCCGGGGCAUCUGAGCCCAAUGGCGGUGCUCUCGAAGAACCCGACAAGGACGAAGAGAGAAUGGCAGUCAUCGGGGCCGGCAUCCGUCUGUGUGAAGAGGACGACAACAGCGAUCGAGAAGACGGCGCGCCCGGUCCGUCAAAUGCGAGGGAGAUUCACUCGCCCAUCAUCGUCCCCAGAAAGAAGGUCAGGUUUGUUCUGCCCGAGAGCCCGCAAAUGAAUGUGGGAGUCCGAGAAGAGCUUCAAGAGCUAAUGGAGGCGAGAGAGGCCGGCAUGGCUUUCAUACUUGGCCACUCGUACGUGAGGGCGAAGAGCGGGUCGGGUUUUCUUCGGAGGUUGGUGAUCGAUUACGGUUACGAUUUCUUGAGGAGGAAUAGUAGAGGUCCAUCAUAUGCUGUGAGUAUUCCGCAUGCAUCCACGUUGGAGGUGGGCAUGGUCUACCAUGUCUGAGUGUGUUACAGCUACCCCCAGUGUAUAUCUUUGUUUUGUUUAUGUAUAUUACAGUAUCAGUUGUAGCUUUUUGGCUUCAUGGUUCUCUGUUUCAAAGUGUGUUUUAUUUCUCAAUUGUGGCCAUGAAGAGAACGAACGAGCACAUGAAGGAGGAUUAAGUUCCAGAAUUCGGAAA